AUGGGAAAUUCACUUCUCAAAACUAAUCGCCCGAUCGUCUAUUCGUGCUCUUGGCCUGCUUAUUUAUACGAAAACCACAAAGCACUAGUUUAUCCUUUAAUUGGGGAGCAUUGCAAUCUCUGGAGAAAUUAUAAUGAUAUUGACCGUUCUUGGAAGUCUAUUCUUUCUAUAAUUCAUUAUUAUGUAAAAAAUCAAGAACUUUUACGAAGUGCCCAAAGGCCGGGAGCUUGGAAUGACCCGGAUAUGAUAGUUGCUGGGAAUCCUGAAAUUACCCCUUCACAAGCACAAGUCCAACUAAGCGUUUGGGCUAUUUGGUCUGCUCCUUUAAUAAUGUCAAAUGAUUUGAGAACUAUUUCAAACGAAAAUAAAAAGAUUCUUCUAAAUAAAAAUGUUAUAGCAGUCGAUCAAGACCCUUUGGGGAUUUUUGGAAGGAUGGUUUAUAAGGAAGCAAGUUUAUAUGUUUUUGUGAAGGAAAUGAUGCCCGCUAUUCCUAAAAAGGAACUUUAUUCAUAUGCUAUUGCUGUGGUAAAUUAUGGGACAAAACCAUGCAAAUUCUCAAAAAGUUUAUUUUCAUUGGGAUUAACCUAUUUGGGCGGUUAUUCAGUAGAGGAUUUAUGGAGUGAACAGCAACUUGGUUAUAUGACACCAGUUGAUGAAUAUAGUGUUGUGGUAAAUCACACAAGUGUUUCGAUGAUUAAAGCAACAUUAAAAAUGGAUUUGAAUGAUUUAGAAUUAGAUAAAAUGUUAUAA